AUGAAUAACCAAAUGAUGGGAGGCGGCGGCGUUGCCACCGUGCUCUGCUGCAACUGCGGGGUGCCCAUGGACGGGCUGCUUGGCCUCGCCAUGUGCUACGACUGCAUCAAGCUCAACGUCGACAUCACCGAGGGGAUCCCCCGCGAAGCCAACGUCCUGUUCUGCCGCAACUGCGAGCGGUUUUUACAGCCUCCCGGCCAGUGGAUCCGGGCCGAGUUGGAGCUGAGAGAGUUGUUGGCCCUCUGUUUGCGCCGGUUGAAGGGGCUCAACAAGGUGAGGCUCAUCGACGCCCUGUUCAUCUGGACCGAGCCCCACUCGCGGCGGAUCCGGGUCAAAGUCACCGUCCAGGGGGAGGCGAUGGGCAACACCAUUGUCCAGCAGACGUUUGAGGUUGAGUACGUGGUGGUGGCGAUGCAGUGUCCCGACUGUGCCAAGCUGUACACCGUGAACACGUGGAAGGCGACGGUGCAGAUCCGCCAGAAAGUGCCCCACAAGCGGACGUUUUUGUACCUUGAGCAGUUGAUUUUGAAGCACAACGCCCACGUCGACACCAUUCUGAUCCAGGAGCUGAAGGACGGGCUCGAUUUCUUCUAUUCCCAGAAAAACCACGCGGUGAAAAUGGUCGACUUCUUGCUGGCGGUGGCGCCGAUCAAGCUGAAACAGCUGAGCGAGCUCAUCAGCAUCGACACCCAGCUGGGCAACUCGCUGUACAAGUUUUCCUACUCGAUCGAGAUCGCCCCCAUCUGCCGCGACGACCUCGUCGUGUUGCCGAAAAAGCUUGCCCACGCCAUGGGCAACAUCCUGAGACUUGUCCUCUGUUCCAAAGUGACGAACCUGCUCCAGUUCUUGGACGUCAACACCCUCCAGACCGCCGACCUCCAGGCCGGGGUCUACUGGCGGGCGCCGUUCGCGUCGCUUUUGGACGUGUCCCAGUUGGUGGAGUUUAUCGUGUUGGACGUCGAGCCCACCGGCGACCAACGGGGCCGCUGGGUGCUUGCCGACGUCGAGGUGUGCCGCGCCGCCGACAUGGGGGUUAAUGACCACACCUUCUACGUGCGCACCCACUUGGGGGCGAUCGUCCACCCGGGGGACCUGGUGAUGGGGUACUACUUGGCCAACACCAACUUCAACCUGGAGUUGUGGGACGAGCUCGACACCGCCAACUUGCCCGAGGUGGUGCUUGUCAAGAAGCACUACCACCGCAAGAACCUGAAGAAGAAGCUGCGCCAGUGGAAGCUCAAGCGGAUGGCGCGCGAGCACCAGGACAUCGUCGCCCACGACGACUCCCGCCUGGCCCGCCAGGACCAGGAACGCGCCGAGCGCGACUACGAGUUGUUCUUACAGGAGUUGGAGGAGGACGACGAGUUGCGCCAGACGAUCAACUUGUACAAGAGCGGCGCCGCUGCCCCUGGUGCUGCUGGUGGUGCCGCCGCCGACGACGACAUGGACGACGACGACGUCGCCCCUGAAGUGGGGCUCGACGAGUUGUUGGACGAGCUUGAUGACAUGAACUUGGAAUAG